UUUCAUCUUGUGAAUCCUGUGCAUUAUGGGAACUGUAGUAUUUUUCAUAUUAUUUGUUUAUGCUAACGGCACAGCUUAACAUUAAAUGGAACAGAAUAUCUUUGUGAUAUUAUUGAUAGAACACGCGUUUUUUUAAACAGAACAAUUUAAAAUCUAUGGAAUAUACCGCUGACCAGGGUUAAGACUGUUCUGCACGUCCUGCCGUAUUCUGUGUUCGUGAUGACGUGGAGCUUUUACACUUUCGCAGCAUAACAGAAAGCUAGUAGAGGUCUUGGAGUGUUGUUAAAGAAAAUAAAAAUAAUAAUAAAUACAUUACAUUUACUAGGGCGAGCAAACAUGAGGCGCGCAGGUUUGGGAGAAGGAGCACCUACGAGCAAUUAUGUUUCCAGUGGAUACAGUGUAUAUGAAGAGGAAAAUGAACAAUUAUCAGAAGGUCUGAAACAAAAAGUCAAUGCUCUAAAAUCACUUUCCAUUGAUAUUGGAACAGAAGUAAAGUACCAAAACAAGAUGUUAGUAGACAUGGACACAGAUUUCGACUCAACAGGAGGUCUAUUGGGAGCAACUAUGGGCAGACUCAAACUUCUCUCUCGGGGUAGCCAAACAAAACUCUUCUGCUACGUGUUGCUGUUUGCCCUCUUUGUGUUCUUCGUCCUAUACUGGGUUAUCAAACUGAGGUGAUGCAACAUAAAGAUCCCCAUAGCCGUGUGCCACUGCUUUGGACUAAUUUGUAUUGGAAGAUAUCAUUCUCAUAAUAGGUCUUUUGUGUUCAUUGGAAAUUGACUAUACAAUUAAUGUAGGUAGAUACAAGUUUCAUUCCAAAAUGGUUUAACAAUAGAAUGAAUAAGAAUUUACAAUAGAUUAAAAGUAUUACUAAUGUGAACAGAAAAAAAAAAUCUUAAGUUCCUUGCAUUCUGAACUGUUUCAUGAAGAUUUCAAUAUUUCUCAGUGGGGAAUAAAAUGUCACCAUUUAUAAAAAUGAAAUAUAGUUUGAAAUAUUUGCAGUAUGUACGUGUGAAUAGUAUUUUUUUUUAAGAAAUGUUAUGAUAAAAUAAUAAUUUUGAUUUACACAUAAGCAAUACAUAUUGGAUGUUGAAUAAUACUGUAAAGAAAACUCCCACCUAGACAGCUUUUCUAUUUCAGGCAUUUACUAAACAACUGUGCUCACUGCUAAGGAAAAUCUGAUCUACCUACAAAAGAUAUACAAAAAGCACGAAAACUAUACAAAUCAUGGUUCAUUUGACAAUUUCUCACUUGUAAAAUCAAUAUGCUAGAAUGUCAAUGUGCCAGAUACAAAAUGGUAUAAGUAUUUCAAGUAGGGGUUUCAAUCAAAUAAAUUAGUUAAUCCGGAAAUCGAAUCUGUCUUGGUAAUCACUAAAUCCAAAAGUGAGAAUUUAAUGUCAGGGUACUAUAUAGAUUAAUUUUAAUGUUUUGCUGAAUGCAUUUGUUUUGGGCAGUGCAUGUUGUUUGUGUAUAGCUUAGAAGAUUCCAAUAAAGUAAGAUUUAGAACCCUGUCUGCAAAUAAAUGUGAUGCGGUUAAAAAGUAAAAAAAUAUAGAAAUAACUAAGUAAAAAGAAUGACAUAAUUGUUGGCCAUACUUUAGUUGCAUAUUAAUUUAAUAGUCAUAACUAUGAGUAUUAGUGAUUCUAAAAGAAUGAGAUCACAGCGGCUCAUUGACAAAAAGCUGUGCACAGGGACAUGAUGUAAGAAUUUAAUAGUCAUAACUAUAAUUAUGUCAUGGUUAGUGAUUCCACACGCCCCACUGUAUAUUCAAAGGAACUACUGCGGUAUGUGUUAUGUCUUCUGAAGUGUACCCUUUUCAUUGAGAGUAACACAAAUAUGGGAUAAUGAAAAUCAAUUCAGGCAGAUAACCUCCACCUUACCUUCAGCCUCGUCAGGGUGAGGAUUGGCAGUUGAACUGCUUCUCCAUCUACAGUGUAUCUCAUCACAGGCUGAGAGAUGGUAAUCAACAUUCAGGCUGUGAAUGCUUUGAAAAGUGAGGAAUGUAUGCCAGAAGUCAAAUCAUGCAGUCACAAUGCUGUGCUACACGAUAACAUUAAAUGUCUUAAUACGUGUAAUAAAAUUUUGCAACUUG